AGCCUUAAAAAAUGAAUAAACACUUUGGGAGGUAUUUCAGUAUUUGGGUCUUGGGAGUUGGGAAGCACAAGAUUUCUAUAAAUAGCCCAAAAUACACUGCCGAGACAUCCGCAGCACGCACAUCAAUAAGUAACCAAGCAUCACAUUUAUUGUCUGCCCUUUCAGUCAAUUUAAGUCAAUGUCUAUUAUUCCACCGUUGGUAUUCCCCGCCGCCCUGUUCUUCCUCUGCCUACUCCGCCGAUCAUUCGGCGACUCCGGCGGCGGCUGGCAGAGCGCCCACGCCACAUUCUACGGCGGCGGAGACGCCGCGGGGACAAUGGGAGGGGCCUGCGGCUACGGGAACCUGCACAGCACCGGGUACGGGACGGACACAGCCGCGCUCAGCUCUGCCCUCUUCAACAACGGCUUGAGAUGUGGCUCCUGCUACCAGCUCAAGUGCGACGCCGCCGCCGGAAAGUCGUGCCUCCCCGGGACAACCACCGUGACGGCGACGAACUUCUGCCCGCCGAACCCCGGGCUGCCCAACAACGGCGGCGGGUGGUGCAAUCCUCCCCUGCAACACUUCGAUCUGGCCCAGCCCGCCUUCUUGCAUAUCGCUCAAUACCACGCCGGAAUCGUUCCUGUUUCUUUCCGACGAGUACCUUGCAAGAGGCCUGGGGGGAUAAGGUUCACCAUCAACGGCCACGCCUUCUUCAACCUGGUGCUGGUGACAAAUGUGGGCGGCGCCGGCGACGCUCAGUCGGUAGAAAUCAAGGGUUCCGCCUCGGGGUGGCAGCCGAUGAGUCGGAACUGGGGCCAGAAUUGGCAGAGCCACUCCAAUCUCAACGGCCAGAGUCUCUCCUUCCGGGUCACCGCAGGCGACGGCCGGACGGUCACCAGCAACAAUGUGGCUCCGGCGAACUGGCAAUUUGGUCGGACUUAUGAAGGGACUCAAUUCUAAGUUCUAACAAGUUAAAAAAAACAAUGUUUUAUUCACCUUAAUGUAACAAUUGUGAUUGGUUAGAAAAUGCUUCUAUAAUUAUUACACCGGAGCAUUUUUUCUACUCCGUAUCUUUUAAAUAAUUGUUAAUUUUGAUUUUUUAAAUAUGUUAAAAAUUAAAUAUAUGUGGAUAAAAAAAUACAUUUGCCACAUCCGA